AAAUCCUAUAAUAACCGAUGAAAAGUUCAAUGAAAUGAUUUAUGAAGCCAUAGAGGAAUCACAACUAUCAACAUCAGUCCUGCUGAUCAAUGAAGAUCUCGGAUCGAAACUUCCCAAACCUCUAUUUCUACCGACAUACCCCAGCUAUAUAUUGUCAGGAGAUUCGCCGCAGAAACUAAAAUCUAUUCUCAAAGAAUUGAAGUCAUCGCAAUGGUGGAGUAUAGAAUUCAUUUUCAUGGCGGUGGAUUUGGGAACAAACUCGUGUAAAAAUGCCCAAACAUCUCUUCAAGUUUUAUGGAAAAUGAAUUUGUUGUCUUCAUUUUACGUGUGUAUCAAAAAUGAUUUGAUGAUUUUCAUGUUUAACCCUUUCACCAAUAGAGCACCGGAAUCAUUGACAGAAGUAGAAAUUGGGAACAAAGAAUCCGAUGAUCCGUGGACACUCUACAGCCAACCGUAUUCGGAAGAUCACGAAUUCUGUGAGAGUUUGUUUUUCGACAAAACGAAGAAACUUGUCGGCUACAGAAUAAAUGCUGUCACGAAUACUUUGCGAAACAAAACGUGGGAGCCUAAUAGGAUUUACAAUCUAACGACUAUCAAAGACAAAAUUUCAUCAUAUCAAAAUCAUUUGUUUGCAUCAAUUUUUUCCGGCAUGAAUGUAACGCCACUGAUUUAUUUCGAUUUACCAGGUGCGCCAGUAUCCUCCAAAGAAACCGGUUUUGUAAAAGGUUUAAUAAACGGAUCCUAUGAUAUUGCUUCGGCUGGGCACCCCGUGGGAGAUGAUUACAAUGUUUCAUAUAUGUUUCUUAUGAGGGAUGUAGGACUCGUGAUAUUGACUCAACAUCGUAAAUUUUUAACUCCGUUCGAAAAAAUUCGUCGCUAUUGCAGCAUCGGUGUUAUAUUACUCUCUAGUCUCGUUCUUGCAAUGACAUCACUAUUGAUAACUAUUUAUUACAAGCGAAAUUUCCUAGAGGCUUCGACAGAAGUUUUGAGAAUGGCUCUAAGUUCCAGUAUAGAUAUACCGUUAAUUACUUUUCCAAUCAGAGUAUACUUUUUCGGCGUUUUAUUACUGAUAUUAAUUAUCAAUGCGACAUUCCAAGGACACAUAGCAUUGUUUCUAACAAAACCUGAACGUAUAACCGUUGAUAGUUUGGUCAGCUUACAUGAGUUCGGGUACAAAAUUUAUAUACCCCGUAUAUUUUUGAAGUCGCCUAUUUUUAUGAAACGUUAUAUUAACGCUGAACCUAGUAUCGAUUGCUCACAGCGCGUUCUAGCGAUCCCAAUGUUGCUUGUCUUGGGUACUUCAAUAGUUUAUUAGCGAUCACGAAUGAUAAUGACUCUUCACACAUCUCACCGGUAAUAGAUCGUUUUCCGGCUUUACUUCUGAUUCGCGACGAUUGGCCGUUAAAAAAUAAAGGUGAUGACAUUCUACGAAAACACACAGAAUUCGGACUGUAUGAUUUUUGGGAUCAUCAAUUAAAUAUAGAUCCGUUACUAAAACUACGUUCGAAAGAAUUAUUAUUGACCGAAGCGCGUAAUCGCCCAAUUAAAUUUGAGGAUGUAGAUUUUGCUUUUAUAAUAUUUGGAAUCUGUCUGGUGCCUGCAGCAAUCGUUUUCUUUUUUGAGAUGUAUUAUGGAUAUUAUGUAUAUUGCAAUUAAUACACGGUAAGGAAUAUUUUGCGGAUAUCACUAUGCUAGUAUGGGCGUGAACGCUAUUCUGUACGGUAUCAAAGACUUUCAUAGGUUUGAAAAUUGCAUGCAUAGGUGAUUUAACCAUUGCGGGGAUAGUAUCAGUGGCGAUAGUUGUCGUGGACGCCGCAAUGUCAGUAUGGCCGUCAGGCCCUGUGUUGCCGUAUCUACAUUGCUUCUGGCCGACAAACCUAGUCUAACUACAUCUAUAUAGUUUUGGUG